AUGUACAGGAGGGCACGAAAGGAGUCGAGGCGCUUGCAAAUCAUUGGGGCGUCUUUGUACUGCAUCGCUGCAUCGCUGCGUUAUUGCCGGUUUACGUGGUCACUUUGGCUCUUCCUUUUUCCAGGGUUCAAGACAUUCAAGCAUGAGGGAAUGGAGAAGAAUGCUGGGCUCCCGGCUGGUCUUUGGGUUUGGCAUUCUGAAAUUUUCUUUGGGGCUGUUGGUAUUUCUGUUGCAUGGGCGGGUUGUGGCGGCGGUGCAUGCCAUAUGGCUCGGGUGAAGCUGUUGGAGGAUGGGUUUUUAGAGGAUUGGCUGUAG